UGUUCAGCACGUCUAAAGCGCAGCAUGCUGACGGCUCAGUGGCGCUUCGGUAAAGUGAGAGUUAGUGAUUCUGUUCGAUGGGAUGGAGAACUACGGCGUGGACGACAUCCUCCAUUUCAAAGAGAAGAGCACCAGGUCCAGACCUUCUCACCGUUCCGAUGUGGAAAACGCGGAGGAGCGUCCCAGAAACGAGAGGACGGCCCGAGAUCCGCCGGACGCCGUCGAGCCGCAGAGACGCGAGCCGCCGGGCCGCAGGAAACCGGCCUUGGUCAGAUCAAAGACCUUCGAUCCCUCUGUGCUGACUCGCGUCCAGACCGACCCGGACUCCAAGAUAGAGAGGAAGAAGUCUCACUACAGCCUGCUUUCAAAGAGCAACUGCCAGUACCAUAAAAUAUUCAAGGAGAUCUGCAAAGAAGAACAGCUCCGACAGAGUUACACCUGUGCUCUGCAGAAAGACAUCCUCUACCAGGGACGGAUGUUCGUCUCCGACCACUGGAUCUGUUUCCACUCCAAGGUGUUUGGAAAAGACACAAAGAUCGCCAUCCCGGUGGUGUCUGUCACGCACGUCAAGAAGACCAAUACCGCCAUCCUGCUGCCCAACGCCCUGGUGGUCGCCACCGCUAACGACAGGUACGUCUUUGUGUCGUUCAUGUCCAGAGACAACACCUACAAGUUCUUGAUGUCCAGCUGUCUUCACCUGGAGGAGAAGAGUCCGUGCAGCAGCCCCAUCCCGUCCUCGAGGUCACCUCAGAGGUCACCUCAGAGGUCACCUCGGACUCCUCGCUAUGCUCUGAGCUUUCCGGCUGAUUUCUGCGAGCUGGACGUCGCGGUGAGGCAGAGGAGGAGAGACGUGGAGGAGAGCAGCAGCUCGGACUCGCAGACGCCCGACUACGACAAGGCAGCAGAGUUCCCUGAUCCUCUGCCCGAUCACCCACGGGUGAGGACCCAGAACCAGUUCCAGAACCAGCACCAGAACCAGAACCAGCAGAGCUCUGACAACAAGCAGCAGGACAAACAGCAAACUGAGCUGGUGAUUGACGGCCGAACUCUGAAACCAGUUUCUCUCAACACUCUGCUGUCCGUCUACCUGUUACUAGUGUGUGUCCUGGUCCUCUCUUCCUGUUACCUGGCCUAUAAGAUCGUCUCGUUGGAGCAGCGGCUGACGAUGCUCGGCUCCAUGACCGAGUCGGCCCCCCAGGAGAGCGACUUUCUCUGGGGGAGCGAGGUGAACAUGGAGCUUUUCUCUGAACUGCUGACCAUCAACCUGAUGAAGCUGGAGAAGGUGCAGAAGAACCUGCAGCGGCUGCUGGACGAAGCCUCCUGAAGGCACUUGGAACCAGUUCAACAGGCCGCUCCCAGUUAAUGUAUCUACUGUGGGACAAACCUGAGACAUAUUAAUGUAUCUACACAAAAGCGCUUUAAAAUGAGUUAAAGAGAGCAUCCUUCCACCUGUGGCCACCCUUAGCUGUGAUGUCACAACACAGGGACACGCCCCUCGGUACACUUCUACAUCGCCGCAGCGAGAGAGAAGUUAAAAUAGGAAACCAAAGAGCUGUGAGGUUUCAUCCUUUCUGGUAGGGUCUUAAACAGUUUCACGUUGGUACUGAAUGAGGAGGUAGGUAUUAUUUUAAAGGCCAUGGCGUCUGGUGACCUCUUGUGGAACCCCAGCAGUACUCCACCUUUUUCUGCUAGAGGAACAUCUUUGACCUGCGUUCUGAGCUUUUUGGUCCCAGGUCGCAGGUCUCGGUUCAUCCUCCGGAUUGCCGGCUGACAUUUAGGACUAAGAAACAGAUCUGGAAUCAGACGCUGACUGAGUUUGUCUCACAGUGUGAGAAUUGGGUUUUACAUUCAGACUCUUAUCUAACACUCAUUUUUCCUUUGGUAUUUCCCUCACAUUGUUACUGAGAUUAAAUGUGAGAAGGAACAUAUUCUAGUUAGUAUGUGUAUUAUCUGUGAUACCAGAUAGUAGAUCCCUGCAGGUUGUUCUUCAUUCGACCAAUGGAUGGCGCUCUGAUGUAUUUCUAAAUCUAACAGUGGCUCUAAAGGUGUUCACAGAGCCGACUGUUAUCAAUGUGUGGAAUUAUACAUAGAUUUUAGCAUGUGAUUUGUUUUCAUCUGCCUGGGAAUAAAGUUCUAUUUUCC